AAGCGUUUCCUUCGGAGCCCAAAGCACCGCUUUUGGACAGGCAUCAACCAGCACUCUGCCGGCAAACAAGAAUGCGGAUGAAAGUCCUCUUCUCGCAAAGCCAGUCCCGUUCUCGGACAUCGCAUCAAACAUGGGAGCAGUGCGGAAGAAAACACAAGAAGAGGAGAACACCUCCGCCGCCACGGAGCAACACGAUAGCGAAGACACGGAGGACGUGGAAGCGACGAUCAAACGAGUGGAGCAAUCGCAGCCGCGGCGCGGAAGUUUCAUCGUCCACGUCGAGGAAACCGCGUCCGAAACGGAGCACGACGAAGUGGCAGCAGACAAUGGAGAACAACAACUAUCGCAUGACUCUGAAGACCAAGAACAAGAAUCCUCGCCAAACGAGGCUGUAGUUGUAACCAACGAGCCUGAAUUAGACCCGGAAAACGGUCGUGAAAAUAUUAAGCCGGCGACGCGGACAAGUUUUGUUGUGCAAGUAGAAAGCGACGCGGAGAGCAACCUGUUCGCGGAGGAGAACGCCGCGGAGGAAGAGGAAGAGCGCGCGCGCGCCGGCAAGGAAGACGAUUUGGCUGGAAUUGUCACCAUUCCAGUGGAUUCGGACGAGGAAAAGGAAAGAGAGUUGUUGCACCGCGAAAAAGAAAGAAAAGCGGCUGCUGCGGCCACACGAAAAAGCCAAAUGCAGAAAGUGAAGGAGAAACAAAAUCGAAAAAGUGCAGCAGCGCCGCCCCUGGAGGGCAUGACCGCAGCUCCUAAAUUGGAAUCCUUCCAAGGAACAAUCGACCUGUCCAUUCCCACUGCAGACACACUACAACAGCAGGGCCUUGCGAAUAGCGUGUUGACAACCGAUUCUUUCGCAUCGCGCGAGAAAAGGAUGCAAGACAGCGGUAAAGUGAUGCCAGCGAAGCAGGUGGGGGCUCUGUUCGCGGCCUCGCCCUUUGCAGAGGACCGAGGCAGCAGGCUUCUCGCGCCGAAAGAAAACGAUCCCUUCGGCCUAGAGCGGUUGACCGAUAAGUUGGAUCCCGUGGGGGCGCCGCCCCUCUUCAGCCAGCCAUCCUUGUUGGGAACUUCGAACCCUCUCGCCGACCGAGGGCCGAGUCUUUGGUCGGGCGACAGUACCGCAGUGGUGGAAGAUCCGAUGCGAGGAGCAAGCGCUGCUCCCUUUCCAAGUGCGAGCGUUGCACGCACGGACAGUACAGUGGACCGCGAGACCAUAUUGAGCCGAGCGGGCGGUCCGACCGGGCAGCUUCCCUGGGGUCAAUCCGGUGUGGAGCAGGAGAUUAGUCUUCUAGGGGGUAAUGCGGCAUCUCUUCUUCCAGAGCUGAAACUGGAACAGACAAUAGAGCAGGUGACGGGCAGUAGGAGAAAGGAAAAAUCGAGCAAAAGCAACAAGAAAGACCGGUCUAAGGGCGCGAGUGAUGAGCUGAACGAACUGGACUUUGACGAGUUCGAGCGGCAGCAAUUUCUCUUGAUCGAAGAAGAGCAACGGCGCGAGGCACUGCAGCUGGAGCGGGAGGAGAAGCUGCAGUGGGAUAUGGAUUGCAAAAAUGUCUGGGUCUGGAAGAUUGCCAGGUUUGUCAUGCAGGUUUUCCAUAACCCAUGAGGUCUGGUAUGUAGGACAUAGCAUGACAGAUUCUGCGAAGCCUUUCCAAUGCCUAUCCUGCAUGAGAAACUGCCUCUCGAUUAGGUCAAAAGUGCACAACCUUUGGCAAUCAUGCAACACAGCUUUUUGCCUGAUUCAGAUUUAGCAUGACAAGUUGCAUUCUUCCAGACCCAGACAUUUUUACAUUUGAUAUGGGAGCGGAUUGAGCAACAGUUCGGGGAACAGAGCCAGAGAAUGUCCGAAGCGUUAUCCUGAGUAAAAACGUCCCCACACCAGAGUUGUAAUGCAAAUCUGCAUGCUGAGAAUGUUUCUCAUGCGGAGCCCCAUGAGAAGCAUUUUCUAGUCGUGUUUUGCAAUUUGUCAUGCUCCAAUCAGCAUGGUAUUCUCGAUCUGUGAUGCUGCUGAGCUAGCUGAAGCAGCACUAUACUACGAAUCCAAAUUUGUCAUGCAAAACAGCCAAAACUCGUGGAUUUGUCUAGCCGAUUCCCCAUCUUGACUCUGGUGUGGGUACGUUUUUACUCAGGAUAAGCGUUUCGCGAGGAGGAUGAGCGGAUUACUCAAACAAUUCAAUCCCAGGCGGCGCAGAUGCGGACGGAGUUCAAGGAGGAACUGAAACAGGAGGACGUGGUGCUGCGUCGCGACGUCCGGCAAGCCUUGACAGUGCUGGACCGCCGCGACGAGGUCGCGGCGUUGCAGCAGCAGGUGGCCGAGAUGCGCGUGAAACAGGACCAGUUGUCGAAAGGAACUACCGGCGUCAGUCGCGAGUUGUCGCCGGAGAAUGUGCGAAAGGCGCUGGACAGCGUGAAGGAGGGGGUCCAGGACGGAUUGAAUUCCAUGCAGAAGCACGUCGCGAACCGCACGGAGUGGAUCGCGACGGAGUUGCAGCAGGCCAAGCAGGAGCGGGAGUCGCUGUUGCAACAGGUGCACGACCUGCACGCCGCCGAAUUGCAGCGGGUCGGGGACCGGCACCAGACGUCACUGGGUCAGAUGAGCGGGUUUCUGAAAAAGAACCUGGACGCAAACGCGGAUCGCUUCGAGCGUUUAGAGGAUACGAUGAGACAGGUACGUUGUCAUGUAUGUUCGUAGCUUCGAUUUAUCAUGCAAGAAUGCCGUCAGCGCCAAUAUAUCCAAACCAAUGUUGCUUUCGAAUCCGUUUCCAUUUUCAAACUCAACCUCAAUUUCCGAAUAUUUACAGGUCGGCACGAAGCUCGGCGAGCUGGAGUCGCAUUCCCGGAAUCAGUACGCGCCGCUGCAAAAGUCGCUGGCGGGCACGGUGAAGCGAGACGAGCUGGUUCCCUACCUGGAUAGCCGGUUGCGCAACGUGAAAAGCGAGGCAAAACAGGACGCAGAUCAGCAAAUGUCGGAGAUAAAAAACGAGGUGGCGAUCAAGAUCGCGAGCUUGAAGCAGAACGAGAUGCUGCCGUACGUGGAAUCGAAGAUGGCGACCGUGCGAGCGGAGACGAGGAACGAAACCCGCGAGUUUCUCGCCGAGGUGAAAACGGAUCUGGACGAAAAGCUGUCGCACGCGAUUUCGCACCGAGAACUAACUCCGAUGUUGGACAACCGGCUGGAGGCGCUGCAGAGUCGAUUCCGGUCGGAAACGCAGAGCCUGUUGCACAACGUGGAUCUGAAAGUGGACAACCGGCUGACCGACACAGUUUCCCGGGCGGAGUUGAUCCCGUUUUUGGAAACCCGGUUCGGGAACGAGCAAGACAAGAUGUUCAAAACGGUCGAGUCUGUGCAGAACAAAAUCGUGCAGUCGGUACAAAAUCGACUGACCGAGACGGAGCAGGGUGUUUUGAACUGGGGCCUUUCGAUCGAAGAGAAGCUCCGGAAUUUUCAGGACAAAGAGGUGGCUCCGUAUCAAAAGCACAUGACGGCGAUGGGGCAGAAAUUGGAUGCAAAAUACGCCGAUUUGGAUGAGUAUGUCUCGCAGUUGCAGCAUCGCGUGAACCGCAUCGACGAUAUCGAGCGCCAGGUGCAGAACUGCCAACAGCUUCUCGACAACUGUCUAAAUGCCGUUUUGCCGGAAUUGGGCUCGAAAAUCGAGUUCAGGCUCGCGUCCACGGAACAAAAUCUGCAGUCGCUGAACAACCAAACUUGGCAGGAGGAAAGAAAUCUCGCGAACGCGAUCCAAAAUGUGUCCAACGAUGUUUCGCAGCUCGCACAGAGAACAACCUUGAUAGCGGAGAGCAACAGGCAAGCGGGCCCAACGGCUGUUCCGGCAGUCGGGCAAUCUGGUAUCAUGUACUACGACCCAGCUGGUGCUCCCCCUGAAACAUUUGUGUACAAUAACCAGGGUUAUUCAUCUGCUGCUCCGUUGCCUCCAACGCAGCAAGGCCGGGGUCAUCAAGGGCAAGAACAGCGCGGGCCGACGCCGGUCCCUGCAUUUGGCGAUUCCGGUAUUUUCUACGACGACAUAAAUCUGCAGUAUGCUGCUCAGGCUGGCCUAUCAGAGAAACAGCAAGCACAAGUGGCGCAACAGCUUGCACAGCAAGUCAACCUCCGACAAGGCGGCGCUGCGGCGACAGUGCGGUCCCCGCCACAGACACCUGGUUUCGAGCCAUUUCCGCAAAUGCUCGGACAAUAUCAACAGCAGGGGCUACACCAGGUCCAGGAGCAGCAGGGGGUUCUUUACACUGACUUGAGUGCUGCCACUACCGCACCGAAUUUGCUGGUCCGCGCACCAAACGGUGACAGUACGCGCAAGCGCCUGAAGAAGAUCAUGGGUCUCUUGUCCGACGACCUUCCGCCGGAGCGCCUUGCGGUGGAGGAACUGAAAGAGCUGGGGAAUGCGAUGUUUCUGAAGCGCGACUACGAGACGGCCGGGGAGUACUUCAGCAAGGCGAUUGCGGUCGUGGAGAGCCGCUUCUACGAGAACUGUCCCCGGGACGCGACCUCCAAACAGGUACUGGCGGUGUUGUACGGCAACCGCUGUCAAUGCUACCUGAUGCUCGCGAAGCAGGCGCAGAAGGGAUUGCCCUUCGACCCCUACUGCGUCUCGGUCGACGUGCGGUUUUUCGCGCUUCGGGCUAACCGCGACGCGGCGGUGGCGCACGGCCUGGACUCGACCAACGGAAAGCACUUCCACCGCCGCGGGCAGGCGUUGCUGUUGUUGAGUUCUUUGUCCCAGCGCACGCAAUUAGCCGGGAAGUGUUUCAAGAAGGCGUUGGCGUUGGGAAACCUGCCGAAGCAGGUCGAGCGUGAAACCCGCCAGUGGCUGCAGUACGCCGAGCAGCGGUUCGUUGACGAAAAGGAAAUGCCGCUGGUCCUCGCACAUCAAAAAGUGGUACGCAUUACAGAUGAAGAAGACCAGAAUUAUGACCUCAGCGUUCGACAGACGCAACAACAGCUGGACCGAGAUGACGCUCAGACGGCACAACAGUUGCAGCUCCAUAGUGUUGCGACGAGAAGCGGUUUUAUUCCCGGCGCGGCGCAGCGAAAAAAAUCUUCGAUGUCGGUUCGACCUAGCGGACAGAAAGUAAAACUAUCUCCGGACGAGCGCAACCUCUCACCCGCAUCGGACGAGGUGCGAAUGAUUGAAAGUGACGGAAUCGUCAGUGAGCAAGCGAAGGUUGUAGAGCAACAGCACGGAGCCCGAGGACCGAGUGCACGGAAGACCGGAUCGGUCCGAGGAUCGGUGACCCAUUUUUCGCCUCUGGCCUCGCAGCGCGCCCCUACGGCGUCGCGGCUGACUGACAUGGACCGAGUAACGAAGCAGUCACACCCUAUUCGGGGGUCGGUGAACUUUAAAGCCAGCGGCGCGGACCCGCCCAACAGCCAUGAGGGGAAUUAUGGGCGGGGUAAUAGCGUAGUUGCGGGGGGGCAAGUACAGUUUGGCAGUGUUCGGGUGGUUGACCAAUAUGAAUAUCCACCUGCCAGGGCCAGUAGCGUGCGGGAACCAAUACCGAGCGACGAGAACAGCAACGGCUUUUUGAAGGUAAAGUCGCGGGAGAUCAGCGAUAGCGUGAAGCGCACAGUCCACAAUGGCAUAGACGAAAUAGAAAAUAUGCGUGAAUCUUCUUUCAGCGGAGCAGGGGAGAACAAUGAGAAUCCCAAUUCAAGUACCAACCAGCUCAAAGUGAAAAAGAACAGUAUGAUCAGGAGGAGCACCACGGGCAGCGGCCAGAUCGAGUACCCGGGAAUGAAUGUUCUUCUGCCGGGCAACCAAACCGGCUCCAUAGAGGAAACUGCAUAUGUGCAGACGGCGGGAACAAGCACCAGCAUGCGUGGCAGUCGCAACUCAGCCCUGAAUCUCGGAGGAAUUGAGGAGCUGCAGGGUCACAUGUCGCUAGCCAACGUCGAGCAACAUCAAGGAGUGCUAGCUGAUGUUGAGGACGGUCUACGGAGUCCGGAAAUGUCAAAUGAGUCGAACGGUUCUGUGGUUCUGCAACCGGACAGCGACGACUUUGCAGACGAUUUUGAGGAGUACAAUUUGGCUCCGGAGAGGUCGGGCGGGAACAGCGAGCAGGUCGAGGCGGCCGAGCGAUCGACCGGAGGGAGCAUCAGCCGAAGAAGUAGAGUAGAGGAAGGGUCACAUAGCUCGGUACCGGUAGAAGGCUUGCCUCAGAUUUUAGACAGUAACUCAGGUAGUUCGACCGAAAGACAGAGGAGUAUUAACAGGGACGCGAGAAAUACUGUGGCGCCGAGGUAUUCAAGAACGAACGAGUUAGCCGCAGAUCACAGUAGAGCUCGUCAUCUAGAAACUCGUCAAUUGCAGGUCCAGGAACGAAGUCUUGGGCAUACCUUAACACAUCCAGUCAAUCUUAGACUCUGGUAAAACGUUUUCGUCAGCGAGAGUUUCGAGAGAUAUUUUGCUGAGUUGAUGAAAUAACUCUACCUACCCAGCAUCAGAAUUUUUCCCCGAUGACACAUUUGACUUAAACAGAGCAUUAGAUGAUGUAUGGUUCUGUGAGGCACCAAAAUAAUCAAAAU